AUAUCCUGGGUGGAGCUUUAAGUUACAGCACACAGGAGGAAGCCAAGAGGGGGACGGUGAGAAUCAUGUUCUAGCAAGCAGGGUUACAAGGGCCGUCAAAUUACAUUUAGAGGGGGGGAGUUGACUGCAUACAAGGCACAUAUUCUAUAAGCUCUGGAAGCCAACCAGGAUCUCCCACACUGCUCAAUGCCACUGCUUCAUGAAGACGGGACAGCAACUUUCAGAACUGCUUUCAGCUUUUCUCACCAAGAGACCGUUCCAUCUCUUUAACAUAGUCACACAGUGUUCCAGUUGUAAUUAUGUUUUCAUUUAAUGGUGGCAGCAAAACCUCUCCUCUUUAUUUUUAGGCCGGCACAUGGUACUCUGAGCGCAGCACAUACAAUGAAUUAGGGCGUUUAAACUGACUGUAAGUCAAUCUGAGCUGGUGCUGAGACUGCUGAAGGACAUAUAAAUAAAAGGAAGCCAUCCUAAAAACCUACAAUCCAGAGCUACUUGACUUUUGUCGUGGAACACUGCAUUAUGGAGGUUCUUUGGAUGCUGCCGGUGCUGUUGGUGCUGCAUCUUUCCACUUUAACUAUGUCCAUGUCUACCUGUAAGACUGUGGAUAUGGAAGAAGUCAGAAAGAGAAGAAUUGAAGCCAUCAGGGGGCAAAUUCUCAGCAAACUAAAACUGGACAGAACACCAGAUGUAGACAGUGAGAACAUGACAGUGCCGAGUGAAGCCAUCUCCCUUUACAAUAGCACCUUGGAGGUGAUCAGAGAAAGAGCAGCCAAAGAAGAAGCUCCUGUGUGGCAAGAGCACAACAUACAGGAUUAUUACGCAAAACAAGUUCACAGGUUCGAAAGCAUAAAUGAACUGAAAGAAAAUGAAUUUUUGUUUACAUUUAAUGCAUCACAUGUGAGGGAAAAUGUGGGAAUGAAGUCUCUCCUGCACCAUGCUGAGCUGCGCAUGUACAGAAAGAAGCAGACAGAUAAAAAUGUGGAACAAAGGAUGGAACUCUAUGCGGGUAAUGGAACUGAUUACUCAGGAUACCUGGAUAGCAAGUUCUUUACUGCAGUAACAGAUGAUGAGUGGGUGUCAUUUGAUGUUACAAAGACUGUGAAUGAAUGGCUGAACCAUGCAGAGGAAAAUGAAGAAUUCAGGUUGAAACCUGCCUGCAAAUGUUCAAUAACUACACACAGCAAGGUUAUAAGUAUAGAAGGGUUUUCUAUUUUGCGGGGAGACUUGAUGAAUUUGGGUGGUGAUGACCUCAAGAAACCCUACCUCUUGAUCACGUCAAUGCCAGCAGAGCGAAUUGACACUGUCUCACACUCACGGAGAAAGCGUGGGGUUGGACAGGAGUAUUGCUUUGGAAAUAGUGGGCCAAACUGCUGUGUGAAACCGCUUUACAUAAAUUUCCGGAAGGAUCUAGGCUGGAAGUGGAUCCAUGAGCCUAAGGGAUAUGAAGCAAAUUAUUGUUUAGGAAAUUGUCCUUACAUCUGGAGCACAGAUACUCAGUACAGCAAGGUGCUAUCACUUUAUAAUCAGAACAACCCUGGUGCAUCUAUCUCUCCCUGCUGUGUUCCUGAUGUCCUGGAGCCACUACCAAUCAUUUAUUAUGUUGGCCGCAAUGCCAAGGUGGAGCAGCUUUCUAACAUGGUGGUAAGGUCUUGCCACUGCAGCUGAGAAAAGCUUGGGGGCAGAAAGCAAAGCAAAGACAUGGUACAGAAUCCUAACAAACCACCUUACUGCUGCCAGUUGCCAACAUGGAUACCAUGAAGUCAAGUCAUGAAGAUCAAGGAACCCUUUGAUUUUACAUAUGCAAGGCACAAAUGCCGAAAGCAGUUAGAAACAACGCAACCCACACAUGGAUUUAGGAUUCAUCUACAACAAUACACCCUUGGUUACAAUAUCUGUGUUUCUGGACUUCACUGUUCAGUUACUGUAUCGAUUUUUUAGCACCCCACUACAGCUUUUAUGAAAGUGCUUCCCUGCCAAAGGUUAUGGACAUAUACCAAGUUUUGGCAAAGGCAAAAUCUUGGUUCAGGGUAAAAUAACUCAUCUGAAGCAUCCAGUCCAUGUAAAGGGGUUUUAUAUACAGUUACGGCAGAGAAAUAAGCAGUACUCCCCUUGAUAAAUAAACCGAAGGCCAUUUUACAAGGGACAGAAAAAAACACAACCCCAUUCUAGAGUAUCUUUGGUGCCUAUUGCAUUAUCGUUCAACAAAUUAAAGAGUGAUCCUUAUUCAAUAGAUGCUGCCUUUCAGGUCACAACACAAAAAUGCCUUACAGUAUAGAUUAAUACAUUUAAUGCUGAGCACAGAUUAGAGAAUCUCAACUCUUUAUAGAUUGUAUAUUUAUUAACAUAAAUAAUUGCUAAAUAAAUAAAAGCUCGAGCAUGUCUUAAGGUAUAUUGACAAAAAAAAAUAUUAAAAACUGUUUUUGGUAAAACAUGGGUGUUCAUCCAUGUUCAUAUCAACUCUCCCAACUUGUAGAGCUAUCAAUAUGUUAAAAAGAAACAAAAGGCAUUUAUUUACAAAGCCAGAAUACAGGAAUCAAUCAGAAAAAGGAACCUAUCGCUGCAGCCUCAGCUACAGGGCAGACCUGUAGGACAAAACUGGAUGAAAUACAGAAUACAGAGUGCCACGUACAGGUACCCACUGAACAAAGAAGGAGCUAAUAAUUCCUGUUUAAAAGGAGAAGUUUUUUUUUUUACCUUUUUAAACUGUAUUAUUUUAUAGUUUUUUUUUAUAUUUAAAAUAUUUUGUUUUAAUGAGGAAAAAUAAAAAGAGGUACAUAAAUA